GUAGCAGAGUGGUGAGCGCGCGUAGUGGGGGAACCACUUGGUGGGGAGAGAGCCCUACGAGGGUAGCUGGUCUAGGGUAGAGAGCUCAUUCAGCUCAUAGCAGUGGAGUUAGCAGUCCACCAUGGAAACAAGCUGCUGGUGCUACCACGGCCGGAGUAUAACUUGCAGAAUGAAGGUAACGAGGUGCUAUUUCCGAUGACUUCACCAAGGCCACUUCCAUCACCAGAGCCCAGGGUGAAGAUGACCAAGGCCAGGACGCAUUCUCUUGAGCCCAGGGUGAAGACGACACUACCGCUAUCCCGGGCGUAUUAUAGUUAAUAUUCAUAAUAAUAUUAAUUAAUAAAGUAUGUAUUUAUUCUGCGCAUGCGCGAAUUGGUGGGGAAAAUUUAAGAGUGGGAUGCGUGAUAGGUUGGAGUGGGGUAAAUGGUCUAGUGCGCAUGCGUGAAAGGUUGGAGUGGGGGUAAAUGGUCUAGUGCGCAUGCGUGAAAGGUAGGAGUGGGGAUUUCGGGGUAUAUAUUCAGGGAUUUUGGUGAGUUUAGUCAGUAGCUGUUCUGUUCACAGGUUCAGCGGUUCCAACAGCAGCAGCAGCAGAUUCCCAUUGCCACUACUAACUGUCUUUUUUGUUAUAUUUACUGUCUUUUUUGUUACAUUUAUUGUUAUAUUUACCGUCUUUUUUGUUAUUUAUAUUUACUGUGUUCUGUGUUUAUUGCAUUUACUUUGUAUUGAUUUUUAGGUUAAGUUCUUUAGUUUGUAAGUUCGUUUUGUUUAGUAUAAGUAUUUUAGUUUGUAAGUGUGUUCUUUUGUUAGUUUGUAAGUUCGUUCUUUUGUUAGCUUGUAAGUGUGUUCUGUUUAGUUUGUAAGUGUGUUAGCUUGUAAGUGUGUUUCUUUUGAUUUCAGGUGCAGAGAUGAAGCGGAAGGCGACGACCACCGAUGGACCACCACGUAAGUAUCCGAAUUACGGUACUAUUCUCGACGAGAGUGACAUCACUGUCACCCUCAUUAAAGAAGCCCUUGAGUUGAUACCUUAUUUAAGUAACGUAAAUGAGAGACGCUCUUUUAUCGAACGAUGGGUUGUAGAAUGCUCACAACAUGAAAACGUGUUAUCAAGCAUUCUUAAAUCGAUGUACUUUACACAUCAAAAGCAAAGAUGUGUAAGCAUUCUACAAUCCAUCAUAAGGUUUCGCGCAUUGUUUGAAUCCCACGUAAUAGAUGGCGCUGGAAUCGGUGACCCAGACAUUAAGAAACGUGUUCGCUGGGCAGAGUGUGAGAGUGCUUUCGCGUGUAGACUGUACACUAAUAUGGUCUUGAACCUAGUACACGUCGAUGUAAGCUCGUUUUUAAACGAUGCGUCCAUACUGUUUCAGGACCACAUUAGAGGUGCCUUAAAUAAAAAUGGACCUAUUGUAGUGUAUGGUGUUCUCAUCGCCAAUUUUAAGAGGGUUGAGAAUGAUGUGGAGGUUGUUAAGCCUAUUCCUUUUGGAACCAAGGCCAACAGCAUCUUUCCCACAACCCUUUUAGACGAUUGGUUUGAUGAGAACAUCAAACAUCCGAUUUUGCACAGCGUCGAAGAGUUCUAUGCAAAGGGUUCAAAUUGGAACCUUCAAUCAAUCAUAAGAUUAGAAAUAAAUGUAAAUAAAUAUAAUCCAAUGCGUGCAAGCUCUUACAUUGAUUUACCGAUAAAAAUAAAAAAUAAACAUGCAUGUAUUAACGUGCAAAAUAAUGACAAUGAAUGUUUUAAGUGGGCGGUAUUGUCAGCCUUACACCCAAAUGUCUCCGAUCCUAAACGUGUGUCUAGUUUUAAAGAAUUUAAAGAUGAAUUGAACUUUGAGGGAAUUGAAUUCCCAGUGACGCUUAAAAAUAUCCCGAAAUUUGAAAAGCUUAAUGAUGUUUCGAUUAAUGUGUACGGUCUAUCAAAGAGCUAUGGUAACUUUACGGUACACCCUCUCCAUCUCACUGCGGAAAAAAGAGAUAAGCAUGUAAAUCUCUUGUAUGUUGCCGACAUGUAUGCGGAUGAAAAUAAUGAUGAUAAUACUGUAUUGUAUGACAACGAUGAUUUUAUGAACUUCCAUUAUGUAUGGAUUAAAGAUCUGUCACGCCUUGUGUCUACACAGUUGUCUAAAAAGAAAUGUAAAAAACAUAUCUGUGACCGCUGUUUACACUACUUUUAAUCUGUAGAUAGAUUGAAUGCACACAUCGAAAAUUGUAAAAAAAUGAAUGAGUGUAAAAUUAAAUUACCGACGCCUGACAAGAGUCUGAUCACAUUUAAAAAUUAUAAGAAUAAAGAGAAAGUACCGUAUGUAAUUUACGCCGACUGCGAAAGUCUACUUCUUCCCGCCGAUGAAGAUGUAGACAAUUUAAGUAAAACUGAAGUAUUCCAGCGCCACAAAUUGUUAAGCAUCGGCUAUUAUAUAAAAUGUAGUUAUGACGAAACAUUAUGUAAAUAUGUACCAUGUCCGAAAAAUGAAUCUGAUCCUGCUAAAUGGUUUACUGAGGAAUUAAGGCAAUUAUCUGAAAAAAUUGAUAAUGUACAGU